CUGUUGCGCCGGGAAGCACAUGUCAACAUGAUUUACACCCAAACACCCUAGGCAGUGACGGUAACCCAAAGUAGAAUGGUGGAUACCAGCUGGGAAAUGGUACCCCUGAAAAUCCUCUCCGAGUUUCCUUAAAUGGGCGCGCCAGUUCGUUCCUUCGGUUGUGUUCCCAAGCAUCUCCUGGGCUCGUCUUGCUCUGUUCUGUCUUUUUCGCCUGUCAACCGCCCUCCUUGACUUGACAACAUGUGGGCCUCAGUGACGCCUAGAGAUGGGGUCGAUCUGGGAGUGCCCCAAACGUGCUUCCAGCUAUGUGAUGAUGCCUUUCUGGAAUCUAAAUCUCUUCUGACUCGUCAAGACUUAUGUGCAACUGACGGCCCCCUUAUCCGAGAGUUCGACUCUUGCAAUAGCUGUAUCAAGAAUGGGACCACAACUGAUUCGGCUUAUGCUGUCGCCUACCAAAAAUACAUUGAUCCUUACUUCGGUGAUAUCCUUCGACAAUGUAUCGACCUUGGGGCAACAGUUACUCUCUCACUUGGCCCGCCCGAGCCAGUGGCCACCACAGUGGUUGGCACCAUUGCAACUCAACAACCAACGAGCACGACGGGAGUUGAAGCAUCAAACCUACACACACUAACGGCGCCAUUCGACCCAACUGCAACUGCUGGAGCCUCACCAAGCAGCGCCACCGGCACCAGCUCGUCCAUUGACGCGUCUUGGUUGACUACCGACCAGGCCAUCCAGACCAACAACUAUGUUUUGCUUACUGGAGAAACCAUCACGGUCACCGAGCUUGUGAUCGCAACAAUCACACGUGCCGACUGGACUGGCUGGCAUACUAGCGACAUAUCCACUCGCUCAACUAUACCUGCAGGAGGCUACGGCACCCGUAAAACGACCCCUUUGUCACCAACAGGGGCUAGCCAUUCGGGCUCAAAGAGUGUUGCUGGUUGGGUUUGGGCCGUCAUAGCUAUCGCUGCUGCCAUCGUUCUUGGAGCACUGGUCGUUUCCUUUGUGCUUAUCAGGAGAAAGAAAUCCAAGAAAGCGAGGCAUCUACGGUCUAGCUCCGGCAGUACACCUGAACUGCACGGUACCAGCGGGGCGGGAAGCAGAACGGAACUAGAUAGCAAAAUCAGCUCGGCGGAGUUACAUACCGAUAAACUACCACCAUCGGAACUUGAUUCAAAAGUGCCGCCAGUGGAAAUGGAUACGGAAUUCCGAUUCGAGUUGCCAACGGAAUACAACAAGGAAAGGGAUUUCGUGGAGGAGACCAUAACACCGAUCAGCACAUGCACUGACGCCACCCGGAUCCCAGCGUCACCCCUUGAGGAACAAAAAGUCCUGGUCACGCCCGGGCUCAACCUGCGAAGCAAAGAAGAGCUGCAGAGUCAUACUAAGCCUUCAUGAGUACGAUUUGUUACAAUUAGCCUUCAGAAAUAAGAUACCCCACUUGAACCUU